CAAGUUCUGCGACCAACAGACGAGGUUCCUCCCUUUUCGCGCAACUCGCUUUGUCCACGGAACAUUGUGAACAUGGCGUCCAUUACUGUUCCGGACAAAGGUCAGUUCCAGCACAUCCUGCGUCUUCUCAACACAAACAUCGAUGGGAAGCGUAAGGUUAUGUACGCUUUGACCCACAUCAAGGGUGUGGGUCGGCGAUACGCGAACAUCGUUUGCAAGAAGGCUGACAUUGACCUCAGCAAACGUGCUGGCGAACUCACCAACGAAGAGCUCGAGCGUAUUGUUGUCAUCCUUCAAAACCCCCGCCAGUACAAGAUCCCCGAUUGGUUCCUUAACAGGCAAAAGGAUAUUAAGGAUGGCAAAUACUCUCAGGUCGUUGCCAAUGCCCUCGACAACAAGCUCCGUGAAGACCUUGAGCGCUUGAAGAAGAUCCGCGCCCACCGUGGUCUUCGUCAUUACUGGGGUGUGCGUGUACGUGGUCAGCACACUAAGACCACUGGCCGUCGCGGAAGGACUGUCGGUGUGUCCAAGAAGAAGGGCUAAGGGGACAUUGGGCCGGCAAUCGUCUUUCUGCCGCGAUUGUCGAUAUGUACAGGCAUUUUUCAAUACAAUAUUCGUGUUGCGGAA